UUUGCAGUGACUGACACAGCUGGAGUGGGGGGAGGCCUGGCUCAAGUGAAAGCGAGCUACUGGGGGAAAUGGGCGAUGUUUGAUCGGGAAAAGAGUUUCACAGCCGCAGCCUGCCUAGCCUAUAUGCCUGUGCUGGAAUCAACAAAGGCAGCCUACAAACUGGAAAGACCUAUCCAAGAGAUGGACGACGGCAGUGCCUACAUAGAGUUUGACGUGCCAGAGUUCAGCAACACCGUUCUCAACCAGCUCAAUGAGUUGCGACUGCAGGGGAAGCUAUGUGACAUCAUCGUUCACAUCCAGGGCCAGCCGUUCCGUGCCCACAAGGCCGUGCUGGCGGCCAGCUCACCGUACUUCCGCGACCACUCGGCCCUGGGCACCAUGAGCGGCCUGUCCAUCUCCGUCAUCAAGAACCCUGAGGUGUUUGAGCAGCUGCUGGCCUUCUGCUACACUGGCCGCAUGUCCCUGCAGCUCAAGGAUGUCGUCAGCUUCCUCACAGCAGCCAGCUUCCUGCAGAUGCAGGCCGUCAUCGACAAGUGCACCCAGAUCCUGGAGGGCAUCCACUCCAAGAUAAACAUCCCCUCCAGCGCCACAAGCCCAGACAAGGAGGCCUCCCAGGCCAGCCGCAAUGGUGUCAAAGACAGCAGCCUUUUCAUCAACCCCACACAGAUCUCCCCCCCAUACUACUCCAGGCACAGCAUAGAGGCCCGCUCUGAGCUGGCUGCAGGGAAAGGUCAAGGCAGGACCCGGUACCAGGAGGAGGGCCAGUCAGACCGUGGCAGCAGUGACGGUGUGUCAGAGCAGGAGGCAGCCAUGGAGGGAGAGACAGAGCAGGUGGAGCUGAUUGGGAAGGACGGUCAGGUGACGGACGUGCACGUGAAGCUGGAGAAGACAGAUAGGCCCAGCUACUCGGACAGCUCCUCGGCAGGAGACGAUGGCUACCACACAGAGCUGGUGGAUGGAGAGCAGGUGCUGGCUGUCAGUGUUGGCUCCUACGGUCCCGUCAUCCAGCCAGCCGGCUACACUUACUCAGGCCUGUCGUCCCCCUGCUUUGUGAGCCUCAGCAGCUCCAGCCCCUCCCGCUCCAUGCUCAGUGGCUUCAGGGGCGGCCGAGCCAGAGCCAAGCGCCCCCCAGUGACCGUCCCAGCAGAGGUCCUGGGUCAUAUCAAACCGGGAAACACUGAGGACAGCAGCGAGGCGGUGUUGGGCCAAGUAGGUUUUGAGAACGAUGUGCGAGAGCGGAGCCUGCGCAGCCAGUGGUACCCCUACAACGAGAGGCUCAUCUGCAUCUACUGCGGCAAGUCCUUCAAUCAGAAGGGCAGCCUGGACCGCCACAUGCGCCUGCACAUGGGAAUCACACCCUUUGUCUGCAAGUUCUGCGGCAAGAAGUACACGCGCAAAGACCAGCUGGAGUACCACAUCCGUGGCCACACAGACAACAAGCCCUUCCACUGCCAGAUUUGUGGCAAGUGCUUCCCCUUCCAGGGGACCCUCAACCAACACCUGAGAAAGAAGCACUUGGGGGCCUCAGAGGGCCCCAACCACAUGGACUCUCCAGAGAGGACGGAAGGCAGCUCUGGUCAGAAAGAUCCAGAGGAUGCCUCAGAGGGGAUGGCCUUUGAGACGCAGUAUGCUGAGGAGGCUCCGGCCAACGACAUGGAGGAGAGCUCAAAGUGCAGCCCUGAGGAAGCCGAGGCGUCCAGAUGUGAUUUUUAGGCCCUGGCUCUGGUUGAGGAAGCUUUAAGAUAUGUUCUUUAAACGUUUAGGAUUUGUUUUGGAACCGGCUCCUUUCAAUGUUGAACCUACUUUGUGCAUCCACGUUUUCUGCCUGUCCAUCCAUUUUUGUGAAAGUCAACUGUUGCUUAAUGUAGAAGAAGAGGAGAAAGGGGUACUUUUUAAAAAUAGAUUUCAAAGGGAAGGGCUAUCAACUUGCUAUUGAUAAGGUGCCCUCAAUAAUCAAGGCCUUUUGUUUUUGCUUUAAAAAAGAUAUAUGUUUUUAAAACAUAUUUACAGAGUAAUAUAGGCAUGUUGCAAUAAUUGAUAAUGUGAAAGCUCUGAUAAGAUGCUUAUCAUAUCAUGUUUUUACCUGACCUGUUUUUGCACAUGUGGCCAAAGGAGGUCACUUUACUCACAAGGAAUUAUUUUUCUGCCAAGUGCAAAGCUUUGUGUGAAAUAUCCGUUCAAUACCUCAUGAUACAACUACAUACUCAUAACAGACAGUAUUUUAGCUUUUAUGAAACUCCACCGGGUUCUACCUCAUAUCCAAGAACCUACCAAGAACAGAAGUGUUCACCGUUUUAAAAACAAACCGUUUUGCUUUAGGGUCUCUGUUUAAUUUGCCAAACUCUAGGCAGAACAUCCUCAGUUCCAACGCUAAGCCUUGAUACUUUAGACUAAUAUUCCUUGCUGAUUGUAUGAACGCUGGACCCUGUCCUUGUCCAUUAUUUCAUGGUCAGACAGGAUGUAAUGUGGGCAAAGAACGAAGGUGCUGUAUUGAUGUUUUAAGAAAUAUUAAGUGCGUUUGCAUUGAGCAUGCGCAAGGAGGACAGUGGAUAGAGUACAAUAAUAGAGGAUAAUACAUGACAUGCUUUCCACUGUCUCUACAGCCAAGAUCUAUUUCAGCAAUAAGGCCUGAGGUGGUGUGGUAUAUGCUCAAUAUACCAUGGCUAAGGGCUGUUCUUACGCAUGAUGCUCCACGGAGUGCCUGGACACAGCCAUUAGCCAUGGUAUGUUGUCCAUAUAUCACAAACCUCUGAGGAGCCUUAUUGCUAUUAUAAACUUGUUACCAAUGUAAUUAGAUCAGUAAAAAUAUAUAUUUUUUUCAUACCCGUGGUAUACGGUCUGUAAUACCAUGGCUUUCAGCCAAUGAGAAUUCAGGGCUUGAACCACCCAGUUUAUAAUUAUGUUUUUAGAACACACAGGACAAAUUCCUCUUGUCUGUCUCUUCACCACUGAAGGUCACAUGCAGUUGGCCAGUUUUCUCUUCUUAAGCAAUGAGGCCCAAGGGUGGUGUAGUUUAUAGCCAAUAUUCCAACGCAAAGGGCAUGUUCUUAUGCACGACGCAGAGCAGAGUGCCUGCAUACUGCCCUUAGCCGUGGUAAGUUGGCCAUGUAUCACAAACCCCCAAAGUGCCUUAUUGCUAUUAUAAACUGGUUACCAACGUAAUUCGAGUAAUAAAAAGAAAUGUUUUGUCAUACCUUUGGUAUACGGGCUGAUAUACCACGGCUAUCAGCCAAUCAGCAUUCAGGGCUUGAACCACCCAGUUUAUAAUAUAUUUUAAUCCACAUGGGAUCAGUGAUUUGAUCCUCAUACACAGUGAAGUCAUUUGGAGUGUCUUCCAUUCUCUUGAUGUUUUAGUUUAUUCUCAACCUGUUUAUGUGAAACUCUUAGUUUAUUUGUGUGGAGAUUAUGCUCAGUGCAGAGUCCCACUCAUUAGCUUGGCACAGCAAGGGCAGUCCUGCCAUGAAUCUGUGCAUAGAAUCAAUAUGCAAAUAAGAAUGAAGGAAUAUCAGCCAUCUUGUCAUGGCAUUUCUUUAUUCACUCUCCAUUUCAUUAGGACUCAUGUUCUGCUCUCGUUUUCUCAUUCACUGUUUCUGCCCUUCCCUGAUCCGACAUCACUGUUGCGAUGAGGGAAUCAAAUGGGAAAGCUCAUUGAUGCCUCAUUAGAAAAUAAGCGCUUGAUGGUAUUUUGAGAGAAGCUUGUGAUCCAAAGUAAUGGUGCCCUUUUUGGGUUUCAAGUAGAAUGGUCUGAAUGGAGACUUGGUGAUAGUUUUGUUCAUUUUUUUGAUGUCUUGAAGAUCAAUGGUGACCAUAAAUGUAUUCGGCAAAAAACUAGGCUACUGCUUUUUAAUAGUCAGGAAUCAAAUUGGAAUUGCUUCGGUCAGUGUAAGCCCUUUUGACAACUGAUGUUGGUAGCUAGCUAUUUCAGUGUUAAUAGGUAAAUAAUCAUUGAAGGCACUGUUGGUCUUCAUCUGCUUGUUUCGAGAUUAGCUGGGCUGUCAGGGCCUAGCAGUUGGCCGAAUGACCACAUUUCAAAACGUUAAUUUCUGUUAUUCAUAUCGUCAUAACUCACAAAUGCACAUAUGGUGGUGAUGGGGGGGGUAUGUUUGUCAGACUUAUAUUGCAUUACAUGACUAAGCAUUGCAAUGCAGAAUGCCAUGGCAUAGUACAGGCCCAGGAAUUAGCUGAACUGGCUUUCGACUUACUGUAUGUCGAAAUGCUUCUAACUAUGGUAGUUUUGAAAAAUACAGGAAUAAAUUCAGAUAAUUAUUGCGCCAACAUGCUAGUCCAGAGUAAGCUCUUUUUAAAGGCCCAGUGCAGUCAGUGAUUUUCAUUGUUUUCAGUUUUCCCUUCCCAUUCAGACCACUCCCAGACAUUCCUAGCUUGAAAGUUUUUGCUAAAAAGCCAUUUUUGUACAAAUAUAUUACAGUAAGGUACUUAAUUGUUACCCAUAAAUGAUUUGAUAUUGAUAUAAAAACAGCUGCAUUGGGCCUUUUAAGAUCAGGUGGAAAGCUGAUCCUUGAAGAGCACUUUUUAACGACAGUCAUUUUGCCCCCUUAUCCCUCUUCUUGCUGAUUUGCUAUUUCAGCAGUGUAUCCUAUGUACCUUUUUUAGUAUUUACACAUGAUAACAUAAUCCCAUAACUACAGUAAGCCUUCCAAGGGGGUAGAAGGCUGAAAUAAAAUGUUAAUUGUCACAUGCUUCACUGUUUAGAAGUGUCCUGAAAAGCCCAGAGGUCCAGGUGGGUGUGUGAAAGAGCAUUUCCUCUUCAUUUAAUGUAGCACCACCAUUUAUGAUACCUGUUAUUUUUCGGUUGUUUGUUCCUUUUUUUUUUUUGGUACUUGGUUUAUUAUUUUGCAGUGAAUUUUGUUUUCAUAUUGGUAUUGAGCAGUUUUGUUUGCAUGUCCAGUGUUUUACCCUAUAUUUAUUUAGCAGUGGCGGCCACCUCAAAAUAAUAGUUUAUAUAUAUUAUGACACUUCCACUGUGGGGCUCUAUUUGUCUCUUUGUGCAGUUUGAAGGAAGUAUAAGGUAGUUUUGCAAACCAUUGCUAACUAGCGUUAGCACAAUGACAGGCAUGCUAGCUGUUGAGUUAUUGCUAGUUAGAAAACUUCCUUUAAACAGCAGUGCGUCUUUGCAGAAAUACAUAUGUGUAUUUCUGCCCAGACAUGCUUUUAAAGUAAUGGUGUGAGAUUUUGCCAAUUAAGCACUUUUUCUACAUACCCAGUCAGAUGAACUCAUGGAUACUAGUUUUGUUUCUGCCUACAGUUUAUUAAAGGAAGUUUCUAACUAGUGUUAGCACCAUUGCUACCUAGCGUCAGGGCAAUGACUGGAAGUCUAUGGGAACAGCUAGUAUGCCAGUCAUUGUGCUAACACCAGUUGGCGAUGGCUUGCAAAACAACCUUCUACUUCCUUCAAACUGCACACAGAUACAUACAUAUAGCCCCACAGUGGAGGUGUCAUAAUAACCAUAAAACCUAGCUGUCAAACAGGGAAAUGGUUCCAAUCGUUUUUCCAUCAUUCAUUUUUCCCAUAGGGAAUUUUUAGAAACACUUAAUAUAAGGGCUGUGUUUUGUGUAGGCUUAUCCUGGUGUGACGUUUUGAUAAUGUAAAUUUCUCUCGGACAAGGGGACUUAUCAAUAUAUUUGGCUCUAUUUACUCUGAUUCAAAAAUGUGAAUUUGCUUCAAAGUAGACAUCAUGCAAAACUACAUCUCUGCAAGCUCCUGCACUUCAUCAAUUUAAAUCUUGCGUAGUCUUGAGACAGUUAACAUAAUUGUCCAUAAAGAAAUGUAGCGUUUUUAUUGAUUACUACAUUUAACUUACUUUUGAUAGUUAAUCCAGAGAUUCUUACCUUUGCCUCGAUUCGGCAGUCUUGUCCAGAUCACCAUGGCAUUUGUACUUCUUUAUGAUAGCCACAUUAGCAUCUAUUUAGCAUUUCAUUUUUGUGGGGUAAAUACAGACAAAUAUAUUGAUUAAGAUGCCUUGUCCUAGAGAGAUUUACACUUGUCAAAAUGUCACGUUAGGGUAAGCCUACACGAAGCACAGCCCUUAUUUUAAAUGUUUCUAAAAUCCCCUAUGGGAGAAAUGAAUGAUGGAAAAACGAUUGGAACAAUUUCCCUGUUUGAUCUCUAGGUUUUAUGGUUAUUAUGACUCAUACUGUGGUACACUAUUGUAUCCACACAUUCAUCUGCCCGGUUAAGUAGAAGGGCUUAGUUGCCAAAAUCUUAUCCCUUUAAGAUCAGGGUGACAAAUUCAAGCUGAUAUUUGUAGUGAACAGAGCGAGCACAGCCACCACAUGCUCCUUAUCUCCCUACAGUGCCGUAGUGGCGCUCAUCAGUUCUAUUUCCGAUGGUGUCAACAUAAUUACAUUUUCAUGUGUUUUGGAGUAGAAUGUCUUGAAGUCAUCAAAUGUGUUUCUCACAGCCAGCAAAGAAAACCAGCCCACCCCCCUGCUUCCUUUGCCACCGGUGUUGAAAAUAAAUACUAGGGGAAACACUACUGUUCAUAUCGUUAGGUCACCAAUAGUCUCUCUAUGCCCACUACACAAUGGGUUCAUUGUUUUGAUGUCCAUCGUCUUGUUUCACCAGAUGCCAUGGAAACCAAAAGGACCCUUCUCAGAUUUAGUGAAUUCUGAUUCGCUAUCGUCUUGUUGCUGAUCCUGUCUGUUUUUGAAGAUCAGUGACGGGCCCUUUCCCUUUAUUUUUUCCCAGUUUUUAUUUUCUCCCACAACAUGCUUGACAGUGUUGUGGCCUAAAGUCAGCCACAAUCUAUUUUCCACUGUCUGAAUGCCUACUAGGCAGAAGUCUAGAAUGUCAUGUUCUGUGUGGUAACCGUCUUUGUAAAGUCUUAUAACCCUGCUCAUAUUGAAUCUGUCUCCCUACCGAUUUAUAAGAGGGAAUUGACCUCGUCAUAUAAUAUAAUCCUUCUCAUGAUGUCUCGCUUUAUUAGAACAGGGGCAGACUACUAUAGGUUAUUGUGCCAGGAGUCCAACAGACGAUAGCAUGAUGGAUAAUCCUCCAUAGAAAACAAAUACUGAAAGACAAAGGUCUGUCUAUACAUUUGGCCAACGAGGCAAGAUGAGUUUCCUACAUAAGAUGUAGGUAGCCUGGUUCCUAUUUCCAACUGAUGUUCUUCUUACAGUUGAGUCCCACAUAGUCUUGAGCAUGUUGCCACAAAUGAUAUUUAAUAUCAUGAAAGAAAUUGUACAGAAAUUGAGUUUGUUUAUUUAUAUAAUUGGAGGAUACCAACCAUAUAAAUCCUAGUAAUAUUUUGAAGAACAAAAAAGGCUUUUGAAUCGUGAUCUGUGCCUUGCCACAAACUAUAUCCCUGACUCUAUGGCACUUACAGUGGACUUCUGUUUUGUGCCUGCCUUCAAUGUAAAGAAUGAAAUGGGUCAAGGGGAAGGUAUAUCUAUUGAUAAAAUACUGUAGAUUUCACUUUAAUUUGGUAAAAUCUUUCCUGUGUUUAGUUUAUGCAACAAUUAAAUGUCUUAAAGGGAAUGGGCACAUAAUUGAGAGUAGUUCAGCAGUGAGGAGAAUCAUGUCUUAGAUAUAUGCCCAAGUUGAUCUCUUAAAUGAUGCUUACAUGCCACCUCCAUUUUUAUUCAGCCGUACUUAUUUAGCCCUACUAUUUCCUUGUCAGACCCCAUUUGCUAUCCAUUAAUAAUGUGAUGAAUUGUGUUUAUGGUAAUAUGGUGACUUGUAAUAUGGUGACUUGCAUGGCAUCUAAUCACAGUCGUGAGCUGUUUUGUUCCCCUCUCCAGAGGCUGUUUUGUAUGUUUACUCUAGCCUUUCUGUUAGCACUGAGGACAAUCGAAGGCAUCGCCUUCAGUCUCGGAGAGCGCGAGAGAGGAGAGAGUACAGCUAGACUCUUCCCCUCUCAAGAUUCCUUUUGUAACAUCUGGCCAGGAGGGACAGCUGCUUGAGAAUGAGCAGAUUUUAAAAACAUGACAUUUGUAGAGUGAAAAAUGGCAAGAUUACCCUGUUGUAUUGCACGUCACUCACCCACAAAAUAGUUUUUGAAAUGCCGAUGGCUGUUUUUGGAACUCAACAUUAGUUAUUGUUUUUGUCUCGUCUGGCAUGCACUUAGAAAUAACCUGUCUUUGAUACAUUCAUAUUCCAGAGAGGAUCUACUUAUCAUUUUAGUCUCCACCUCAAGGGACUCUAUUACUUUAUAUGAAGGGAUCUUUUUACCCUUAAAUGGUGCUUAUAGACUGGUCUGUUUAUUUAUAGAUUUUGAUAUACAAAAUACUAUACACUUGCAUAUUUACAUUAUAGGGCGGGGGGGCAAUUUGGGUAAAUGCUUUUAUCAACAUUGGCUACUAAUGCCACACCACUCACCAACCAACUGAAUCUGACACUUAUUUGCGUUCACUCUGUUUGUUCAAAAUUAUUCACAGAAAAGGUAGGAGGGAGAUGCUCGUGGGCCAGAAGUAAUCAGAAGGAAGUGUUUACAGGGAAGGCUGUUUGACUACUUUUUGAAUUUUUGAACAGACUAACUUCAGGUAGUUUAUGAACACUGAUAUAGACUUUAACAAAAUCUGAAAGUCUUCCAUAGCUUCUCUCAGCCUUUCUCCACUGUGUAAUAUACAAAAGCAAUAACCUUUUAAGGGGAUGUAUUGUUAUCAGUGAGCCUAAUCUAAUUCUGGGCCUGUCACAUCUCAACUAAACAUUGAAUGUCAGGGAGCUAUCGAAUUGAAGUAGGACGAGGACAAUUUGAUAUUGAUAUUUUUUAUAUAUUUUGUGAGUCUUUGGACAGGUUGAGUGAAAAUGCUCAUUAGGUGAGACUGGUAUUGCUGGUCUUCUAAGUACGCAUCCAAAGCCUAUGACUGUCAAUUAACUGCAAUGCAAAAGCUAAGCAUGUGAUUCAGUCAAACUCAAUGGCACUGGUUUUAAAGUUGCACCUCCGUCUGUAUCAAAUACUGAAAGGGAUUGUGGGCUGCAAAGCCACAUUGGGAGUGGCGACCUGUGUUCAUGCUAAAAUGUAAAGGUCUCCCCUUUCCCCUCGUGUACUGAGACUAAGGUUUCAGCUGGUCAGAGUGGAAUUGGUCAGUGCUGCUUUAACUACAUGUUAAGACUGGCCUGUUUCCUUUGAUGUGAAACUCCUUGGUCUCUGACAUUUGGUGGUGUCUGGAUAUCAUGUAUUUUGUUGAUAUGGCACAAAUAAAUAAGUAGAACUCAGGGUUUAUACUAGUGUUAUAAAGUGGUCACUCUGGGCAUACAGCUCAUAUGCGUAGAAUUCAAUGUGCACUUCUCUUCAGGUGGGGAAAUCAAUCCUCAGUCAGUGGUUCCCAAACAUUCUGCCUCAAGGGUCUCACUGAACCCAUGUUUUCCGUUCCCCCUCUGCAUGCGUGUGACAAGCACAGAGGUUCAAUGUUGAGGAACAGGGGAGACCUUUUAGUUUGGCCAGGUUGGUCAGUCCACCUCCCUCUAAUCCACUCUACAUACAACCCAACUGUGAACCUCAGAACUCUACUGUUAUGUACAACUAUGAAGUAAAUUAAGCUAGCUAGAGCUGAACUAUUAACUUGCCAUUUAUGAAUUUAUUUUAUAGCAUGAAAUAUAUGAUAUAUUUAUUCAAAUUAUAUUUUACUCAUAAUCAUUCUGUGCUGCUUUUUGGGGGUUCUUACGCUUGUAAAUUGCUUUUUUAUGAUACAAAGAAAUGUCAAUAGAAAAUGCGUUUGUUUGUAAAAUAAAGAUGCUGAUUUGGC